AUGGACGGCGUGCCCUGCCUCCGUGUGUCGCAGUGUCACGCACAGACGAUCAGGUAAUAAACCGCCGAGAUAGUAAACAGCAAAGCUAACUCAGCUAUCAUCACAGGGAUGAAAGACUGCGUGAUAAUUUUGUGUCAUAUUUUUUUCUAUGACUAUGAUAAAGUUACUGUGAAACGUCUCAUCCUACAGAAAAAGUCUACAAUCUAAAGGAGCUCUGGACCUGAAUUUCUGCCUCCUAAAAGACUCAGAUGAGACAGUCCUCCUGCCUAUUUUGCCCUCCUGUCUUUCACAACUUGAUCUCCAGUCCCUCAGAAAUAUAGUGUCUCCAGACAGUGCUCUUGAAAUAGUGUGGAAUCAGGUAAUCAAAUUAGAGAUUCAUUAAAAUACAAUGAGCACAGCCAGUGCCAUAUUGCAGCUUUACCGUAUUUCUUUGUGUGCCUUAUUGUCCUCCCAAAUUUGUCCACAGUCUCUGCAGGCAAAGAAGGAGAGAGGAAGAUCAGCUGGUAAUACACGUGAGAAAAUCCUGCAGGAGCUUCUGGAAACUCACAAUGAAAGAUGGUCGGAGAAGCUGAGGGAAGAUCUCCCCCGUAGCUUUCAGAGACAUGGGGACCUCGUCCUUCUGGGAGACAACUGUUUCAACCUGCCAGUCUGGAAGAAAAUAGGUGCUGGUACUGUUGUAUUGGGUGUAAGAAAGUGAUAAAUGAGGACGUUUGUUGAUUGCUUUUACUUUUUUCAGAUCAUCAGCUGUGGACAGCAACAGCCAAAGGACUGGGGGCAAAGCGCUUAGCAAGGAUGAGUCGAAUAUCUAGAGAUGGAUUUAGGUCUCCUGUGGUGACAAUGCUGUUGGGAGAGCACAGCUGGGUCAAACAUGUGGACAAUGGGAUCAGGUAAAAUUCAGUAUGCCAUUUUUUCUAACUUGGUUGGUCCAAGGUAUGUAGAUAUCUGAAGUUCCUACUUCUUGUUAAUCUAGAUGUCAAGACUCAAAUUUAUUUGGAAAUUUAGCUACCAAUCAUCUGACAAAAGACAAACCAACAGUCCACAUUACCCAGUCCUAAAAGUCUCUCAGUCUUUACUGUGGUUGCUCAUCUCAUGAGGCUUUUUUCAGCCAGUAUUUGAUUGUCUAGACUAUACUUUAAAACAAGGCAGGAGACCUUAAAAAGUAUCCAUAUUUACAAAAUUAUCUUUUUCUUUUCAGGUAUGAGUUUGAUGUGACCAAGUGCAUGUUCUCUGCUGGGAAUAUUACAGAGAAGCUCCGGGUGGCUGGAUUUGAUUGCAGAGGGGAGACUGUGGUUGAUUUGUAUGCAGGUGAGGUAACAGGCAGUGUGUGUAAGAAUUUUUUCCAGUGAUUAAAGAGUUAAUAUAGACAGGAGUAUGUUUAAUAAAACAUGAUAAAACAUCCAGCCUCAGGUCCUGGCUUAAUUGUAAUCUUUCUUUGGAAACUGUGCCAUUGGUUUUGUUUUUACUACGUCCUCAUCUUACUAUCUGUAGCAGGAAUAAAUGAUUCUGGUUGUGUCUUGUGUCAGGUAUUGGAUACUUCACUCUUCCAUAUCUUGUACAUGCGGGGGCCAAUCAUGUUCACGCCUGUGAGUGGAACCCUGAUGCAGUUGAAGCUUUAAAGAAAAACCUUGAGUCCAAUGGGGUGUCAGACCGCUGCACUGUUCACCAGGGAGACAACAGAGAGGUAGCUUUCUUUUUUACAUGCAUACAAUUACACUUAUUCGACGUGCUGCAAAACACAACUAAGGUUUAAAAGGAGAUUCAUUAAAAUCAGGGACACUUCAGGGGAUUUAAAGACCAUCACUUCUCUGCAAUUGUAAAAUACAAGGACAACUGCUGAUAAUACUUUCAAAAUAAUGCGAACAUUCAGACUUUUUCAGUGGGCAACUUUACCAUUUGAUUUCCAGUUUGUCUGAUUAUUAUUGCCUUAUCUCUCAGCUACCACAAUAGGGUGUUACUAAAUAUUUUUUGAGAAAAGUUCAUGGUAUUUUAUUUGAUUGGAUUUUCGAAUUGAAAUAAACAGACUUUUUAUAAUUUCUUAAUUUCCAAACAUUAGCAGAACCCCUUAAGAAAUUUUAGAUUAGGCUUAUUUGAAAGUUAUAAAUACUUACAAAAUCCCUCUUGUUUCUUUACAAGUUAAUUUGAUGACUGUGUCUCUGUAUGGAGAUUAAUUUCCUAAAAACCAUUUUUCCGUCACUUGAUUUGAUGUUAGGUGGUUAUCUUGCACCUUUCCUACAGAUUUUAUUUUUCAUCUUUGUAAUUUCAGUGUAUUUUCUUACUUAAUUUAAAAAAGGAGUGAAUUGUUCUGUUAUAAAAUGGCAACAGAGUGCAGGACCUCAGAAACAUCUCAAAACUGUUAUUUCUAUUAGUCUGGUUUAUGUGUCUCAGUUUUAAAAUUCCUUCAGGCACAGAUCUUACAGGUAAAAGUAUUGUAAAUCAUCUGUUAGUGAUGGGAGUGAUUCCUUUUGUGCACCUAUAUUUAACCUGGAUCUAUUAUAGUAAUGAUGAAUUAGGUUUAUAAAAGGCAUUCGGGAAAAGAAUCACUAAAGAGCUUUUUAUUUGCUUUUCUUUUAGCUCCAGCUAUUUGACACUGCUGACCGAGUAAAUCUGGGUCUCAUCCCGAGCUCUGAGGAUGGCUGGCCUGUCGCAUGCAGACUGCUGAAGAGAGCAACUGGUGGCAUUUUGCAUAUUCACCAGAAUGUUACCUCACCGUUUCCGAACAAAGCAACUGUUCCGGCAAUCAAUGAUGCCAGCCAGAGGGCUUCUGGGAAGAGGGCUGACAUAGAGGUGUGGCAGGCCUGGGCCAAUGACACAGCAAACUGCAUCAGCUCUCUUUUAAAGGACACCACUGGUGCAGCAUGGAUAACUAACAUCCAGCACAUAGAGCAUGUGAAGUCAUACGCACCUCAUGUUCACCACGUAGUGCUGGACUUGGAGUGCCGACCGUCCUCAGCUGAUGACUUCACUUAA